CCUACUGCAGGUCACUUCACAACACUUACUUGGCAUCUCCAUCAAAGGCAAAUCUUUAAGAAAAACAAAAAAAUAGCGAAAUUUACAUACAAGACGAGAGUAUGUCCUCUUCAUCGGCGAAAGACCAGCCCGGCACAUCCCGAGACACCUUCGAGGAUUUUUACACAGAAGUGAAAGAAAUUGAAAAACGUGACUCAGUUUUAACUCCUUCUCAACAAAUUGAUCGUUUACUUCGUCCAGGUUCUACGUACUUCAAUCUCAAUCCGUUCGAAGUGCUCCAAAUCGAGCCCGAGGCCGAGGUAGCUGACAUUAAAAAGCGCUACCGCACCUUGUCUAUUUUGGUUCACCCGGAUAAGAAUCAUGACAACCAGGAACGCGCCCAGAUGGCAUUUGACAUUGUGGCUCGUGCCUGGAAAAUCCUCGAAAACGAACUGACGCGGAAAAAGUGCCUGGACGUGUACGAAGAGGCAAAGGGACGCACUGAUCACAUGAUAGCGGAGAAGCGCAAAAAGCUUAAGAAAGAAGGCCGGCCAACAGAACCAAUUCCAGAGGAUGAUCCCGCCAAGUAUAAACACGCCAUUUACGUUAUGGUUAUGAAGCUAUUCGCCGACAUGGAACGUCGGCGUCAGAAGCUUGACCAGCGCGACCAAGAAGAGCGUAAGCGGAAACGUGAAACGGAGAUCGAAGAGGAGGAGCGUGUGAAGGCGGACCGGGAAUGGCAGCAAAACUUUGAGGAGUCGCGCCAAAGCCGUGUAAACAGUUGGCAUGAUUUCCAGUCGGGAGCUGGGUCGAAAAAGUCGAAAAAAACCAAGAAACAAAAACAUAUGACUGGUAUGAUGGUGCCGCCCAAAUUCAAGCCAGAGUCUCGAUGAAGUUGCUCUUCUGCGUGGCGCAACACCUCCCCGACUUCCGCCUGCCCGCGCCUCGCGUUAAUCAUACAUUUUAUACAUUUUUUAUAAGUUCAAAAAUUGACAAAAGCAUAAAUUUUAAUUGUAAGAAAUUA